UCCUCGAGGGAAGCCUGAUGCGGGACUCGACCCCAGGACUCUGGGAUCACGCCCGGAGCCAAAGGCAGACACUCAACCACUGAGCCACCCAGGCGUCCCUUGAUUUAAGCUUCUUACUCUGUUGCCGAGUCCUCCAGUUGGGCCUUCUGGAACGGCCAACACUCAGGGUGAUCCAAGGGUGGAGGUGGGGCUCCUUUUGACCCCUCACCAUUCUUUUCAGGUCUGGCCUUUGGGCAUCUCCAGGAGGGCCCCAGGGACUGUGUAGGGGUGUCUCCCUGUAUCUCCCGAGAGGAUGGGGAUUCCCACCCAGACGGAUGUCAAUCAUUUGGUGGCUUGGCUUCCUUUGGACGUCUCUCCCCAGUUUUUUUUUUUUCUUUCUUUUUGUUUAAAGUAAGCUCUACACCCAACAUGGGGCUUGAACUCAUGAUCCUAAGAUUAAGAGUCAUAUGCUCUUCUAACUGAGCCAGCCAGACUCCCUACCCUACCUCUUUUUCUUCUUUUCCCUCCACUCCCACCUCUUUAAUCCACCCACCCAACACAGAGGGUCUGGAGGGCACUGCCAGACCAGGGAGCCUGGACCAGGUUCUAACCCCCCACAAAGGGCGGGCAAGCCACUGUGUGUCAGGUCUCGGGCCUGCGUCCUCGCCACUGCUCUGUCCCGCCACCCCAUCACCUCUGAUGUAGGGGCAGGGAAGUUGGGAGAAGUGAGGUGCCCCUGCCCUGAGGUGAGGAGCCAGAUGGCUGGUAGUCUGACUCUAAGACUCUGUCCCUCCUCAUUCGGAGUCCCAAGUCUCCUCUGCGAAGAAAGGGUCGUGGGCCACCUUUUGAGCAUGGACAUUCCAGGAUGCUCCUUGCCAACAUUCCACUGACCCCUGAGACUCAGCGGGACCAGGAGCGGCGGAUUCGGCGGGAGAUUGCCAACAGCAACGAGCGGAGGCGCAUGCAGAGCAUCAAUGCGGGCUUCCAGUCCCUCAAGACCCUCAUCCCCCACACAGAUGGAGAGAAGCUCAGCAAGGCAGCCAUUCUCCAGCAGACGGCGGAGUACAUCUUCUCCCUGGAGCAGGAGAAGACCAGGCUCCUGCAGCAGAACACACAGCUCAAGCGCUUCAUCCAGGAGCUGAGUGGCUCAUCCCCCAAGCGGCGGCGGGCAGAGGACAAGGACGAGGGCAUCGGGUCGCCGGACAUCUGGGAGGACGAGAAGGCGGAGGACCUGCGCCGGGAGAUGAUCGAGCUGAGGCAGCAACUGGACAAGGAGCGCUCGGUGCGCAUGAUGCUGGAGGAGCAGGUGCGCUCGCUGGAGGCCCACAUGUAUCCGGAAAAGCUCAAGGUGAUCGCACAGCAGGUGCAGCUUCAGCAGCAGCAGGAGCAGGUGAGGCUGCUGCAUCAGGAGAAACUGGAGCGCGAACAGCAGCACCUGCGGACCCAGCUCCUGCCCCCUCCGGCCCCUACCCACCACCCCACAGUGAUCGUGCCGGCGCCACCCCCUCCCUCCCACCACAUCAACGUUGUCACCAUGGGUCCCUCCUCGGUCAUCAACUCUGUUUCCACAUCCCGGCAAAACCUGGACACUAUCGUGCAGGCGAUCCAGCACAUCGAGGGCACCCAGGAAAGGCAGGAGCAGGAGGAGGAGCAGCGGCGAGCGGUCAUCGUGAAGCCGGGCCGCAGCUGCCCUGAGGCCCACGCCUCUGACACUGCCUCCGAUUCGGAGGCCUCGGACAGCGACGCCAUGGACCAGAGCCGGGAGGAGCCAGCAGGGAAUGGGGGGCUUCCCUGACCACCCCCCAGCCCUCCUCUCCCUUCUUGGGGCCGGAGGGGGCCGGGGGCAGCAACGGGGAACAACGCAGGUGAACGAGUGAGGAAUUUUUACAAAAUUACGACGUCAUUUGGGUCUCUUUUGUGACCUCUUUUUUCAAUACUGUAAAUCCACCUUUGGGCGAAGCCACCUGACCUGAGGCCCCGGGGGGCUGGGGUGGCAGGAGCACGUGGGAGCACCGGGACACCUGGGGCCGGGCCUCGCCCCGGAGGCUGGGGGAAGCUGACACAGAUGCCUGGCCUCUCUCCGCCAAAAAGCUUUUUUUCUUUCUUUCUUUUUUUUUUUUUUUUUUUUUUCAUUUAAACAUGUUUUUAAGAACAGGGAAAAAUCAAACAAAACCCCAAGGUAUUCUGGCCUCCCCAGAGCCAGCCCUAGACUGUCAGUCUUUGACUCCUUCCCUCUUCUUUUUUUUUUUUUUUUUCCUUUCCCCUUUAAGCACUUACAUGGGUUGGGGGUCUGGCUGGGUCGGAGCUCUCUGGGGCCCCGGGGGUCUACAGUGCUUUCGGUUGGGGUUUGCUGCUGCCCUACUCUCCUUCCCUCCUCGGCUCAGCACGAGGACUCGCCACUCCCCGCCGCCACCCAGCCCCAUCUCUCCCUCCGGGUUUCCCAUCUUCCACCCCAAAAAUGUCUUUGUCUCUCUCUUUUUGUUUUGUUUGUUGUUGGUUCUUUUUGGUUUUGGUUUGGUUUAUCUUUUUGGUUUUUUGUUUCUUGUUUUUUUUUUAAUUUUUGUUUUUAUUUUUGUUUUGUUUUUUUGUUUUGUUUUUUUUUUUUACAAUUUUGAGGUCUUUGUGUUCAAGGAGAAGCUAUUAUAUUUUGUUAAGAAAGUGGGGGGAAAAAAACCAAGAGGCCACUGUGCCUUUAUAAAGAAACAAAAUAAAGUUUGUACUUUGUUUUUUAGAU